CAGGCUCCGAUGAGCCACCUGGCAAGAUAGGGGCUAAGCGUUACCAUGGGCAACACUGUGCGACAGAGGCUUGCGGUCACAUGGACACCCCGCAUCUGUCGUCUGCCUCCCAGAUGAAUCCCUCUCGACCUCACGCUCAGAUUCAAUUACUGCACCUUGGAAAAGGGCCCGAGACAGGUCUCCAGGCACCUGGAAGGCAAGGGCCUCUUCCCUACUUCACCAAGACUCACGAACGGCCAUUGUGCGGCAUCUGGAGUUCAUGAGCAUGUCGUUCCUCGGUAUAAACCAGCCGAAUGGCACGAGGAUGGCUACAAGCCGACAAAGGUUUCGCGGUAGCCACGAUCUUAGGUCUACUGAUGUCUUCAUCGCUGUUAUCGGUGUCACAGGGUCGGGAAAGAGCUCUUUUAUCUCAAAAUGCUCCCGCAAACCUGUCAGAAUUGGUCACACCCUUGAGCCAUGCACAUCUACUGUUGAUGUAUACGCAUACGAUACGCCGACUAACAGCACAGUAUAUCUCAUAGAUACCCCCGGCUUCGACGGUACCAAAAGAAGCGACUCCGAUGUUCUCGAGGAGAUUGCGGGAUACUUGAACAGCUCAUUCAAGGUCAGGAUAUCCCUCCACGGCAUAAUAUACCUUCACCGCAUCAACGACAUCCGCAUGCACGGCUCGGCUAGGAGGAAUCUGCUCCUGUUCAAUCAAUUGUGCGGACAGGAUGCUUUCAAGAAAGUUCUGCUUGUCACAACUAUGUGGGAUAAGGUCGCCUUUGAAGAGGGCAUCAAGCGCGAGAAUGAAUUGAUCCGCACACCGGAAUUCUGGGGCAGGAUGUUGGACAAAGGUAGUUCCACCCACCGAUACUAUAACGCAGAGGCCUCGGCAAGAGAUAUCGUUCAUCGAUUGGUCAAACACAGUGAACCCGUUGCCACCAACUUUCUGAGGCAGCCCCCGGACGAGGGACGCACGGUAGAGCAAGCAUUGGCUUGGAGGGGAAUACAAAGGGAGAUGAACAGGCAGAGCGAGGAGUGGGACAACAAGUUUCGACAGCUUGCGGAGCGUAUGGAGGACGCCCUACAGCUAGAGCGCCACGAGGUUGAGAUAUGGACGUUUGAGGGACGUGAUAAUUACGCGCGCAAGUCAACGCUGACGGUCCGGAAGGUGAAGAAGCUACAAGAACAAAGAUCGGCCCUUCGCAAUGGGAUAAGACGAGUGGAGACUCAGCAAAAGCAGCUUGAGCCGGGAAAAGGCCGGUUGAAGCAGCAAGUUCAGGAGGCCCGACCUUCCUACCCGCGGUGGUGGGUAUCAUUAUGUGGUCGGUCGUAUUUUUGUUUGAGCCCAAAAGACAUCGCCGGCACCUCGCUCAGCAAUUCAGACAGGCUGCGCGACUCACCCUAUCUAUUUUCCCGCAGCUUUGGACUGGAUUUCCACGGAGAAGCCGUGACCAUUUCUCGCUACUCAGAUUGUUCAUGGGGUAAGCAACGGACCGAACGUCUAGGAUACGGAGACAAACUCAUGAUAAUGUCAAGAAUGUACGCCAAUCUCGACAAGCAUUAUCCGGACCUAUACGCAGACAUACGGUCUCACGGUCUUGCCAAUCUCGAAUUCUGCAUUCUCGGGCCCAAUCAAACAUACUAUGCGCGAUGGCCGAAUGGCCACUGUAGCUGGCGGGCAUCCGGCUCGGCCAGUGCCGCUCUCUGCAUGAACAACGGAUACAAGGUCUUUGCCCUAGCUUUUGGCCGCGGCGGCUCCUGUGUCAUCUCCUACGGAUCCGGGUCGGGUGAGGGACCGUUGAGCAUGUGGUGGGACCUCAAGGGCUACUACCCCUCGCUCCGCAGGGUUUUGACUCGUAACAGCCAUGUGAGCAUCAUCACCGUUGCGCUCGACCUGCAAAGUGACGAUGAUUAUAUCAUAGUCUGGAGGAACGAGAAUCUCACGGCGGGGAUAAGCUACCAUUUGUCCAGUACGCAGAUUGUAGCGGGCGUAGAAUCGUGGUGGAAAUGGUCAAUCUGUGGGUAAACCCGCAAACAAAGCAGAUGAGGCACUCCACCCUCGAAAGGAAAGCUUCGUCACCGACACUUCCCCCUAAAGAUUCGGUCAUGUUCUCCUCCUCCGUAUUAUAGACUUUUACACUCGUCUAGUAUCAAUUAGUCAGAUGGUCUGUCGGCUUUGGUUUUAUCUUUUCUCGAGAACACCAUUACCGGUCCCGCACUCGUCUAGACGGGUGCCCAGCCCACCACGUCCUAGGAGCCAAUACGGCUUC